AUGGCUGGGGAUGCUGGGAAGGAGAUGUUCGAGGAUGAGAUCCUGCGCAAGCUGGACAGCGAAGUGGAGGGCGGCCGUGGGGAUGAACAGUACAAGCAGCUCUUCCAGAGCACCCUCCUCAGCUGCUGCAGGGAUCACCCCGAGCUGGCCAAGCCUGGUGAGAAGUUCGUGGCCCUGGUCACGGGCCUGCUGGAGCGGCUGCUGGACUAUCGCGCUGUCAUGAACGAUGAGAACAAGACAUACAGCAUGAGCUGCACUGUCAACCUGCUGAACUUCUACAAGGAAAUCGACCGCCGGGCCAUGUACAUCAGGUACCUGUACAAGCUCAAGGACCUGCACGUCAGCUACGAAAACUACCCAGAGGCAGCCUACACCCUGCUGCUGCAUGCGCGGCUCCUCAAGUGGUCGGACGAGCCGAACACGGCCCCCAUGCAGGGCUCCCACAGCCAGAGCCUGCACACCCAGCGCCAGCUGAAGGAGGCGCUCUACAACCAGAUCAUCCACUACUUCGACCAGGGCAAGAUGUGGGAGGAGGCGAUUCACAUCUGCAAGGAGCUGGCUGAGCAGUACGAGAGUGAGGUCUUUGAGUACGAAAUGCUGAGUGACAUCCUGCAGCGGGAGGCAAAGUUCUACGAGAACAUCCUGAAGGUGCUGCGGCCCAGCCCAGACUACUUCGCCGUGGGCUAUUAUGGACAGGGCUUCCCCACGUUCCUGCGGAACAAGGUGUUCAUUUACCGAGGCAAGGAGUACGAGCGCCGGGAAGACUUUGAGAUGCGGCUGCUGACUCCCUUCCCCUAUGCCGAGAAGCUGCAGACCACAUCCCCGCCGGAGCAGGACGUCACCGACUCACCGGGCCAGUAUAUCCAGUGCUUCACCGUGCAGCCCGUGGAGGAGGCCAGGGACCGAUUCAGGGGCAGGAACGUCCCCGAGCAGAUUGUCAAUUUCUAUAAAGCCAACAACAUCCAGCAGUUCAGCUACUCGCGGCCCUUCAGGAAAGGCCCAAAGGACCCUGACAAUGAGUUUGCGACCAUGUGGAUCGAGAGAACGACCUACGUGACAGCCUAUCCGCUGCCUGGGAUCCUGCGCUGGUUUAUGGUCACAGCCACCGCCAGGACCAUCAUCAGCCCCCUGGAAAAUGCCAUCGAGACCAUGAAGAAAACCAAUGAGAAAAUCCUGACCGAGAUCAACCGGCACCACAGCGAGCCCAGCCUGCCUGUCAAUCCACUUUCCAUGCUCCUCAACGGCAUCGUGGACCCAGCUGUCAUGGGGGGCUUCGCCAAGUAUGAGACG